AUGAGAGCAUCAGGUGUAUUCUUCACGCAUAGACCCUUAAAAGUCGAAGGUCUUGGGUCAUCCACUGAUGCCAUUGUGGCGCCAGCGAUCUCCACAACUUUAACACCCAGCCAUACUAACACAGCCACACGAUUCCCUCCUCUGAGAUAUAGACACCAGUCAUGUAGUAAACACCCCUUCUACAGAAGAACACCAAGGCUUAUGAGGGCAAACGACGGAAAGCUGGUAAAACAUAAUGGAAGAUCAAAGCCACAACUGACCAAGUCGUCGACUCAGCUACAAAAUUCCAAUCAAAUAGUUUUAUUUCUAAAGCUUUUAGGCAGUUAUGAGCACUAUUCAAAUAGCAUUUUGAUGAGGAUGUAUCUCUUUUCAGGCAGGAAUAUGAUCAAGAUUGUAGCACCAAACAUGUCCCUGUUUGUAUUGCAUGCGUUAUUGAUGGUGACUGCCUCUCUGCCUGCUGCUUGGUCUCUACCAGGACCUCCAAACCUCGCCAACUUGAUGGCUACGAUGCACGAUAGACCAUUCAGAUCUUUAGCAGACCUGAAAGCAUAUACAGAUGGCAUUCUGGACGUCGCAAACCUUCAGAUAAGCAAAGCAUUUUCCGUAGAAACUCGCAGAUAUAAACGAGACCUUGACGUCACUUCCAUGAAGGUAAACAGAACGGAGACAAUGACGCUUAGUUUCUCUUCUCUCCUUCAAGAGGUCUCAGCAUUGCAGGUUCUGGCUGCGCAAGACAAAGACUACUGGGUGUUAGGGUAUCACAGCCAUCAUGACCUUAUGGUGCUCGAGGUAUCCAGAAACGAAAGUGGAGUUCACCAACUAGUAGACUCCGAGUUACAUAUUUUCGGUGGUGUCGACAAAAUUGCUCCACAUCAUAGGCGGACAGCUCUGGAUUGCGGUGGCCCCCCCAGCAGCCAAUUUCGUGGGAAUCGUGAGGGUGGACCUCACUUCGCCGACGGCAGCCGAGUCCAGUCAGAUUAUCCCUGGAGAAGGAUUGGUGGGCGGCUGUUCAUGUUCGAGGCGGCGGGCGAGUUGUAUUUGGUCGUCGGGGCCAAGGACCCCACUGGCGAUGGUUCACUUCAUGCCAGAUCUCGAUUAUAUCGACUGAAUGGCAACUACUUUGAUCGCCAAGAUGAACUAGUCUUCAGAACUAAGGAUGUGUAUGAUGUUACAGGCUUCAGUGAAUGGGGCAAUUAUUAUCUCGUGUUUGCCAUGUCCUAUUCUGAAGGUUCGCAAGUCUACAAGUUCGACCCUGUUGUACAAACUGUGACUCUCUUACAACAACUUCCGGACACUGAUGUCUACAAAGUUUUGCACUACAUCGAAGCACAAGAAAACAAACAUUAUAUUGUAACACUGAAUAAUGAAGGAUCUACCAAGAUUUACUGGUGGACAAGUGAACAGCUGCUGCUUUGGCAAGCAUUAGACUCCCUUCCCUUGACGCGUGAAAGCAGCAGUGUGCAAGCGUUCUUGUUCACUUCCUUCGAAACUAUAAUAAUGGUUUCUAAUGGCGGUAGAAUUACUAUUUACACGGACGAUACAUCUGCACAUUACCGCUCCGACUUUGUCAUAGAAACCAAGUGUAACAUCAUUGACAAUAUGUUCAUGGUCCCAAUGGAAGGAAAUCAUGUGUUAAUUUACACGUGCAAAGACGAUCACGGCAAUACCAAUCUGGAAGCACAGAAUGUUGCAAUAGAGGAAAUUGAAUUAGAGCCUCCAGUGAAUGUGCCAGGCGAACUUCUGCUUUGCCUAAAAGACUUGCGGAGUGAGCUUGUUGGAAGUCAACGUGCUCUAUCAUACAUCGAGAGUGUUACGACGACUGGUGGCCUGAUGACCACGGAUAAGAAUCAGACUUGGACCGGCCCAGUGACGUUCUCUGGUGGGUUGUCUGUUAGAGGCAAGACUUCUUUCCAGACAGUUACUAUAAAGGGAGCUGACGCUGUCGACCCGAAUGCAGACACUUUCCGCAAUUUUUCGAACAAAACUUCAGAAAUUGAGGAUCUUGUGGAGACGCUCGCCUCCAACAUACCGGACAUACUUUACCAUUCCGGGAACCAAGAGAUCACUGGUCCUGUUGAUGCUACUUCGCUUUCCUCUGAUAAGUUCGAGUCGAAUGUUAUCAAUAUAGACAAGUUAAAUGAUGUGCCACUCCUGAACAUGCACCAUGUGUUUAUGAUGAAUGGAAUCGCCCAGAAUGUCAGUUCAGUUCUUUCACUCCACACAAUGAACACGGAACGCUUUGUCACGCGCACGGAGUUGCCAGCGACCUCCAUCAACGGCGUCUACUCGAACCAGUUUAUGCUGAAGAAUGCCACCUCUCAGGAAGUGACUGGACACCAUGCGUACGACCACGUCCAUGCGACAGCUAUUAACUCUGACGUGUCCAUGCUCAUUAACGGAGUAGAUACGGAACAUAUGGUUAUGAAGGACGCUAAUGCCACCUUCACCUCUGUGAAGACCUUCCAGAAUUUCACUGUGGCUAAGUCGUUGGACGCUGGCUUGGUCAAUGGUGUUGAUUUAGCUGACCUGUCGAAUCGCACGGUGUACACAACAGGGCAAAGCACCCAGAUCCUGAGGGGAGACUAUACUCUGCGUGCCGUCAAGGUCGAGGGCAAUGCAGACGUAAAACUCAUAAAUAAUGUUGACUUGAAACUGCUAAACGAGUCUGUUGUUAGGACCUCAGGUGACUUUACUUUGUCAGGUAAGAUCGCAUACCGUGGUGAUGUUAGCGUGGAAGGAAAUGUUACCAAUCCCCGAGUGAACGAAAUCCCAUGGAAAGACAUGAUUAAAGUGUCCUCCAGUGACGUCAUAUCUGGCAAUUAUUACUUUGACGACGCUACAAUAGCUACGGCCAUGAAUAGUGGAAAUGUAAACGGUCUCAACUUCAGCCAAGACGUAGUUCUAACGACAGGCGACCACAUUAUAGACGGUCGCAUAACGUUUAAUGACAGCGUGCGAGUGACGAGUGGCGAAGGCGUCCUCAUGGCAGAAGGAGCGACAAUCAACCUGGUCGAUCCUUCAUCCCUCAGAAUGAUGGAAUACACGGAGAUCUUUAUGAUCAGUGAUGCUAUCAACCUGACUGUUCCUCUCCAGGUAACAGGAAAUGUGACAGCACACACCAUUAAUAACCUUGCAAUGGAUGGCAUUGGCAGCCGAUACUGGAGGAAGAGUACAGAUCAGGUGAUCACGGCUUCACCUUCCUUGAAAAACGCCACUUUCCGAGACACCGUGAAUGGAGCAAGGUUGAACCAGCAGCAAAUGACAAACUACCUGAAUACACAGGGUCCACAGACCGUUACUGGAUCUUACGUUUUCAAGGCUCCAGUGUCAAUAGAGGGCGAUAUGCAAAUGGUUGAUCACAAAACAAUUGAUGAUGUGGAUAUAUCUGCUUUGGAGGAAGAGGUUAUUGACUUGACAAGCGAUCAGUUCAUAGAAGGGGAAGUGAAAAUUGAUGGAAAGUUGACCAUUGACGGCGACAUGUCCAUCACUGGGAAAUUAAACGGCUGGGAUUUAACUCAGACCUGCUGA